UAGGACCUUCGUCGCCGCGCCAAAAACACCAGUUCAACGCGAGUUCGUCACGACGCGAAGGACGACUACAACGCCGACCGCAAAGUUUUGUGAACUUCCGGUUCCGGGUGACUUUGGCGACCCAACGCCUCACUGUUUUUGCUACUGUAGUGCUUUUGUUUUUGGUGCUCACGAAAUUUCUGUGUUUCCGCUCGAAAUAUUUGUGCCAUCGUAAUUGCGUCGGAUUUUGGGGUUAGCACAAAGAAUGUUUUCGAAUAAGUUUCAAAUCUUUUUUUACAUCCUAAUAUUUUGGGGUCUAUUUUUAUCGGUUACCGGAGGAUCAAGAAAAGAAAAGGAUCGUAAGAAAGAUCGUUACAAGACGUACAUAAGCACGAAUCCGUGUAAAAGUGAAUCUCAAGACGCCCCAAUAAAUUGUUUCUGCAAUCCGGACACGAAUCCAGGGAACGCAACUAACAUAGAAUGUUGGGUUUUCGGCACGAAUUUGACUCCAGAUUACAGUAUAUGGAACCAUUUCGCAUCACAACCUCGGAUACAAAAGAUGCAAACACGCGUUAGACCAAACGGAAUAUUCAACUUCAUUCCGACGAAAGCCAUCGUUCAUUUGAAAAACUUGAAAUCGUUCGAAGUCGUUUUCGGUUCGAUCGAUGAGAUUCAUCCGUUCGCGUUUGCAAACUUGACGAGUUUGCAAAUCCUACAGCUGGCAAAGAACCAAAUUGUCAAUUUAAGUCAUCACGCUUUCGCCCAUUUACCUAACUUAACCGAAUUGUAUCUGGAGGAUAACAGGAUAGCCGAGUUGAAAAGAGGCGUUUUCGUCGGUUUACCGAGUUUGCAAAAAUUCGAUAUCGCAAACAACAAUUUGAGCAUCAUUCAAGAUCACGCGUUUCGAGAAUUAUCCCAUUUAAUCGAACUGGAUAUGAAUGCUAAUUAUAUUAAUGUUUUAACUAAAGAAAUUUUUACCGGAUUGAGUGAAUUGAAAAAAUUGGAUUUGAGCAAUAAUUCGAUAACGAUGUUGGGCGAUCUUACAUUUGCGGAACUUUGGGUUCUUGAAGACUUGCUACUGGAGUCCAACCAAAUAGCGUACAUUUCGGACAGGGCCUUUGCCGGAUUAACCAUGCUGAAGUACUUGAAUCUCGCAGACAAUCACCUGAACACGCUGUCGCCGAGUUUGCUUGAGGGCCUUCUGGCAUUGUCGCAACUUGAUCUGCGUGGGAACAACUUGGAAUCGCUGACUUCAGAGAAUGUACAUCCGUUUGUUCAUAAUCUUUACAAUUUAACCAGCAAUCUCUAUUUAGAAAGAUGCGGGUUUCGUUUCGUUUUAAUUUAG